AUGACGACAGAACCGUCCAAGACAGCUCAAGCACCUGUGGCCCCGCCCGAGGGCUCUCCGUGCUGGAUUGAGAUCAUGUCUAAUGAUCCGCCAAAGCUGAAGUCAUUCUACGAGGCUCUCUUCCCGGCAUGGUCGUUCAAGCCCGCCACUGAGCAACACAAAGACGACUUCAUGUAUGAAUUCGAGAAACCAUCUGGGCUGAGCGGCGGCAUCCUCAAAAUGCCCGAAGGCUGCAACCGUGACGGUGAACAAGGCAUGGGAGUUGGGUUUACCGUAUACUACUUUGUUCCAUCGAUUGAGAAGACAGCGAAGAGGGUUGAAGAGCUUGGUGGCACAGAGGUGUUGGGGAAGAAGGAAAUUCCUGGCGGCAUGGGGUGGUUUGCCAAUUUCAAGGAUUUGGAGGGGAACCGCUUCGGAGUGUUUGAGAACAACUGGGAGGCACAGUGCAAGAAGGAGUGAAGAGUGAUGUGG